AUGGAAAGAGUUAAUGAACCCCUUUUAGGAGGUGAUUCAAGAACAAGAAAUAACCCAAUUUUAAAUAGUGUAAUGUUGGGUUGUGCAAUGUUUUUUAUAUUAUUUUUCAAUAUUGCAACACCAAAUACAUUAUCAUCAGAUGUUGAAGGAAUUUUCAUUUAUUUAGUAUAUAUUGCUGCAAUUUUAGGAGCACCAUUAAUAAUUACAAGAAUUCGUGAAAAAUUAUCAAUGUUAAUAUCAAUUAUUAUAUUCUUUAUAACAUUCCUUAUUUUUAUAUAUGCAUCAUCAGCUGAUCUUGUUUCAGUAAUCUUAUCACCAUUUGCAUUAGAAUUAUUAUGGAUUUCAGUUGGUUCUUUUAUUUUUUAUAUCUCUGAUAAAUCAAAUAUUGGUUUAAACUUUGGUAUAUUUUUUUCAGUUUAUGAACUUUUACAAGGAUUAUUCUUUUUAACAUUAAAUGAUGUUCAAAUUAAUAAUAGUACAGGAUUUAUAAUAAUGUUUAUAAUAUUUUUUAUUGUUGGAAUAUUAUUAAUAUUAUUCUUAGGUAAUCCAAGUAGAAUUAGAGGUGAUGGUUUGGGCUCUGAUUUAGUUGAAGAAUUGAUUUCACCAUUUAAAGUAAUGUUUGAUUUAAAAUUCCUAUUUAUAAUUCCAUCAAUUAUUUUCAUUGGUUUUUCAAGUGAAUUUGGUAUUACUGGAGUUGCAAAUGUUAAUCAAUACGUUUACUUUGGCACAAAUCUUGUUGUUAGUUCAUUGACACCAGUGAUUGUCGGUUUCCUAUUUGACAGAUUAAAGAAAAUGUUUGUAGUGAUCAUAUUACUAAUUAUGGGAAUUUUAGCGAUUAUUACAUCACAUAUAUUCGUUUAUGAUAGUGAUGAAGAUCAAAAUCACACUAGUUACUAUUAUGUGGCCGCUGUAACUUAUACGAUCCUAAAAUGUGGUUUAACAGUAUUCGUUUAUGCAUUAGUUGGUUAUUUAUAUCAAAAGAAACCAUUACCUUCAAAUGCUGCAAUUCAAUUUAUAUUUGUAACUGGUUUAGUUUUAGCUUUUAUCUUUUCUUAUUUCAUUUCAAAUUUCUAUGUAGGAUUUUAUGUUUUAACAGCAUUAUUAGUUAUUGCUUGUAUUUUAUUAUUAUAUUUAACUAAAAAACAUGACUUAUAA